AACCCCGGCUGCCAGUGCUGUGUGAGUGCGCGUGUGCCCUGAGCUCGCUCGGCACACAUUCUAUAAAAAAAUAAAAAUACAAAAAAAAUUCAAAACAUAAAAAAAUAACACAAAAAUCGUUUUUUUCUUUUUGUAACAACGGUGAAGCUGGAUUAGACACUCGAGGACUGGACGGUAACGUAUAAGAAAGGGCUACCUAACGUUAAAGACGAAAGACAAUUUUUUUUCCCCCCAGUCGACGUGUUACUGGUCCAGAAGCGAAGCUAAGUAACGUUUAUUUGCUUUUAUCGUCGUGUCAAAUUUGAAUGACAGUUUUAAUACCAGUACAAGUCGACAUUGUGCCAUUUUAACUUGCUCAUCUUAUAAUUUUUUACUUAAAAACCCUUCAACUGACAAGCCAACGGUUGUUAACGUUUACCAUCAGCAUUCUGCCCCUAACUGACGUGACGUUAGCGACCGUGAGGGAACCAAGCGUUUGUACUGUCGCCGAAAACUUUUUUCGUUAAAAUCAGGCUUCGUCCGAGUACUUUGCUAGCUUCCGCGGACAACGACGAUGAACCCCAGUGCUCCCAGUUACCCCAUGGCCUCCCUGUACGUCGGGGAUCUGCAUCAAGAUGUGACCGAGGCCAUGCUUUACGAGAAAUUCAGCCCAGCCGGAGCUAUCCUGUCGAUCCGGGUCUGUAGGGACAUGAUCACCCGGCGUUCCCUCGGAUACGCCUAUGUCAACUUCCAACAGCCAGCAGACGCCGAGCGUGCGCUGGACACAAUGAACUUUGACGUGAUCAAGGGGCGGCCUGUGCGCAUUAUGUGGUCACAGCGUGAUCCCUCACUGAGAAAGAGUGGUGUGGGAAACAUCUUCAUCAAGAAUCUGGACAAGUCCAUCGACAACAAGGCUCUAUACGACACCUUCUCUGCUUUUGGCAACAUCCUGUCAUGCAAGGUGGUUUGUGACGAGAAUGGCUCUAAAGGCUACGGCUUUGUGCAUUUUGAGACUCAGGAGGCAGCCGAACGAGCCAUUGAGAAAAUGAAUGGCAUGCUGCUCAAUGACCGAAAAGUAUUUGUGGGUCGCUUCAAAUCUCGCAAAGAGCGCGAGGCUGAGCUGGGUGCCCGAGCUAAGGAGUUCACAAAUGUCUACGUUAAAAACUUUGGUGAGGACAUGGAUGAUGAGAAGCUGAGGGAAGUCUUCAGUAAAUACGGAAACGCCAUGAGCAUCCGUGUCAUGACAGAUGACACCGGAAAGUCUCGAGGCUUCGGGUUUGUCAGCUUUGAGAGGCACGAGGACGCCCAGAAGGCAGUGGACGAGAUGAAUGGGAAGGAGUUCAACGGCAAGCUCAUCUAUGUCGGCCGUGCCCAGAAGAAGGUGGAGCGACAGACGGAGCUGAAGCGUAAAUUUGAGCAAAUGAAACAAGACCGCAUGACUCGCUACCAGGGUGUCAACUUGUACGUGAAGAAUCUUGAUGACGGAAUUGACGAUGAACGCCUGCGAAAGGAGUUCGCACCAUUUGGCACCAUAACCAGUGCUAAGGUCAUGAUGGAGGGCGGGCGCAGCAAAGGUUUCGGCUUUGUCUGCUUCUCUUCCCCAGAGGAGGCCACCAAAGCAGUGACGGAAAUGAACGGACGCAUAGUAGCCACCAAGCCAUUGUAUGUGGCCCUGGCCCAGCGGAAAGAGGAGCGUCAAGCCCACCUGACCAACCAGUACAUGCAGCGCAUGGCCAGUGUGCGUGCAGUGCCAAACCCAGUCAUCAAUCCCUACCAACCAGCCCCACCCUCUGGGUACUUCAUGGCAGCCAUACCUCAGGCCCAGAACCGUGCUGCUUACUACCCAGCUGCUGGGCAGAUGGCCCAGCUCCGCCCGAGCCCACGCUGGGCCACCCAAGGUGUCCGACCACAGCACUUCCAGAACAUGCCAGGUGCUAUGCGUCCCUCAGCACCACGCCCUCAGACCUUUGGUGCCAUGCGGCCGGCCUCCCAGGUGCCCCGUAUGAUGUCUGCCCAGCGCGUCGCAGCCCAGACCAUGGGCCCCCGACCAGCCACCGCAGCAGCCAGCGCCCCUGUGCGUGGAGUCCCUCAGUACAAAUAUGCCGCAGGAGUCCGCAAUCCCCAGCAGCACAUGCCCGCCCAGCCACAAGUCCCCAUGCAGCAGCCUGCUGUUCAUGUUCAGGGACAGGAGCCUCUGACGGCCUCCAUGCUGGCCGCUGCUCCACCACAGGAACAGAAGCAGAUGCUGGGUGAGCGUCUGUUCCCACUGAUCCAGGCCAUGCACCCAAGCCUGGCAGGGAAGAUCACUGGCAUGUUGCUGGAAAUUGACAACUCAGAGCUGCUCCACAUGCUGGAGUCCCCAGAGUCUCUCCGCUCAAAGGUGGAUGAGGCGGUGGCUGUGCUCCAGGCCCACCAGGCAAAGGAGGCCGCUCAGAAGACUGUGACAAAUUCAGCUGGUGUCCCGAGUGUCUAAACAUAAGAGUGGGGAACCUCGAGACUAGCUUCACCGAUGGACAAAAGAAUUUAACAGUGAAAAAAUUGAAAAUACACAAAACAAAGUAAAAAGAAGUGAAAUGAUAUAUUAAAAAAAUACAGAUGGUAACAAGUCUCCAGCCAGGCCUAUAAUGAACAGAAACAGCAGGCCUGAUUUGCUGAGUUAAAAAGAAAAAAACACACAAAAAAAGAGAAAAAGUUAAAAUACAAAAUGACCCGUUUGAGGGGUUUUAGAGUUCUGUGACAACAUAAAGUUUGAGCAUUCCUUUUUGCCAUUUUAUCCCUUUUAAAUGUUUGAAUGUUUUGGCUGCAGAAGCCUGUUGUUGUGAAAUUUCCCUUCACCUUGGCUUGCUUGAAUAAAACUUAUAAAAUAA